AUGCAAAUCUGUCAUUUUGAUCCGCCUACACGUACGCAACAGCGCUCGGUUCUUGAAGCGAAGAACAAGAUUCGAUUAAACCAUGGUGAAAGUUGCAAAUGCUGUUGCUGCUGCACUUCUCAAUGUGCAUCUCUUAAAUAUGUACAACCACAAGUAAUGAAGUCUUUUGCACCAGUUCGUUACUACUGGAAGUCAACUAUACCAACUGAUGAUAAUACAACGUAUCGUCUCUCAUAUUGGGAAUGUCCUCAAACCCCUAAUGAACCUGUUCGACCACGAAAUUGUUUAACUACUGGUGAUGGUGACAUAUCGGAUGAAUCAACAUAUAAGGCCAGUUAUCUUGGUAAUUGGUGUAUACAGCCGGAUCCAUCUAUUGUGCCAUGUGAAAAACAGUUGCUCGGUAGAGGUCCCAUCCAAGAUAUUACUACUCAAAAGCAUGACUACUCAUGGAAAUCCAUAAAACUAAGAGAACCUUUCAAACCACAGCAACAGUUGUAUUGCCUUGCAGCCAAAUUAUCCGAUGAUACAACAUACAAUUUGAGUUACUAUGAGUCUGAUUGCCGCUGCCCUAGUACAUCUUAUGCACCAAUAAGGAAAUAUGCUAAACCAUGUAUUCCAAUAGAUGAUAGUACAACCUAUAAACUGAGUUACUGGGCAAAUGACGCUACUUCGAAGGAAGAACAAGUAUGGUGCCAUAAAAGAGAGUAUUUGCCACCUGUGGAACCAAUAGAUGCAUGCACAACUUACAAAUUGAGCUACUGGCCUCAUUCAGAGAAGAAACGACCAUCGGUCAUUAUUCAAGGAACUGAUAACAUACUAAAUGCUGGAUGCUGUUCUGAUACUAACACUACAUACGGUCUCAGUUACUUUGGUUCUGAGGGCGACAAACGAAAUUUAAUUCGGCAACCGGAAAAUAUACUAUUUUCAUCAUGCCCCCCAGCGUACGAUACUGUUCAUCGAAUGAGUUUCUUCGGAAACUAUGGUAUGAACCAAGAAAUGAUGAUAACGCCUUGUGAUAAACAAAUGUUAGGCAAAGGACCUAUGCAAAAUGUAACUACUCAGAAACAUGACUACACAUGGAAGCUCAUGCCAACGCAAUCAGAAACCCGUCCUGAAGAUAAUCUUGUUUGUGCAUCUUCACCGUUGGAAUGUUGCACUACUCACAGACUUUCAUAUAUACCCAAUGAGAAACCAUUAGUACCUAUUAAAACAUAUGCUCCUGUACGCCAAUAUACUUCACCUCAUAUUCUAAUGGAUUCAGAAACUACCAUGCAACUAAGUUAUCAACCUGUAGAUCUCACGGAUAAAGUCGAAAAACCGUGUGAUGACAAAUCUACUUACCAUCUACCCGAUGCCCCAAUGGAGGACAGUACCACAUACAACACUAGGUACCUUUUAGUUUCAUUUAAUUAA